CUGCCUUCCCCAAAGUGCGUUUUUUCUGCUCUCUUCCGGGUUGGAUUGAACCUCCUCAACCCCCGUAGGCUCUCGAUCGAGAGUGCCUGUCCAAAUGGAAGUGAAUCCCCCCAAACAGGAGCACCUGCUGGCUCUGAAAGUGAUGCGGUUGACGAAGCCUACUUUAUUCACCAAUAUUCCAGUAACAUGUGAAGAGAAAGACUUACCUGGAGAUCUCUUUAACCAACUCAUGAGAGAUGAUCCUUCAACUGUAAAUGGUGCAGAAAUUUUAAUGUUGGGAGAAAUGUUGACUUUACCACAGAAUUUCGGGAACAUAUUUUUGGGAGAGACCUUUUCCAGUUAUAUCAGCGUUCAUAAUGAUAGUAAUCAAGUUGUAAAAGAUAUAUUGGUAAAAGCUGAUCUUCAGACAAGCUCUCAGCGUUUAAAUCUUUCUGCCUCCAAUGCUGCAGUGGCUGAACUGAAACCUGAUUGUUGUAUUGAUGAUGUCAUACACCAUGAAGUAAAGGAAAUUGGAACACACAUCUUGGUGUGUGCAGUGAGUUAUACAACUCAGGGCGGAGAAAAAAUGUAUUUUAGAAAAUUCUUCAAAUUUCAGGUUCUCAAACCACUGGAUGUGAAAACCAAAUUUUACAAUGCAGAGAGUGACCUCAGUUCUGUGACCGAUGAAGUAUUUCUCGAAGCCCAGAUUCAGAAUAUUACGACCUCACCCAUGUUUAUGGAGAAAGUUUCAUUAGAGCCAUCUAUAAUGUAUAAUGUAGCAGAAUUAAAUUCAGUCAACCAAGCUGGAGAAUGUGUAACUACGUUUGGGUCAAGAACAUAUUUGCAGCCAAUGGACACACGCCAGUACUUGUAUUGCCUAAAGCCCAAGAAGGAGUUUGCAGAAAAAGCCGGCAUCAUUAAGGGGGUAACAGUAAUUGGGAAAUUGGAUAUAGUGUGGAAAACAAAUCUAGGUGAAAGGGGAAGAUUACAAACCAGCCAACUUCAAAGAAUGGCUCCAGGUUAUGGAGAUGUUAGAUUGUCUUUGGAGGCAAUCCCAGAUACCGUCAUCCUAGAAGAACCUUUUCAUAUUACCUGUAAAAUAACGAACUGCAGCAGUGAAAGGACUAUGGACCUAGUUUUGGAAAUGUGCAAUACCAAUUCUAUCCACUGGUGUGGCAUUUCAGGAAGACAGCUCGGAAAGCUGCAUCCAAGUUCCUCUCUCUGCCUGGCCCUUACUCUACUGUCUUCAGUACAGGGACUGCAAAGCGUCUCCGGCUUAAGACUAACAGACACGUUUUUAAAGAGAACAUAUGAAUAUGAUGACAUCGCACAAGUCUGUGUGGUAUCUUCGGCCACUAAAGUGGAAAGCUGAAGAAAAUUCCCAAUGUUAUGCCUUUCACUGAGUUUCACAGAACUUUCUGUAUUUUUUUUGUCACCUUUGUAUAAUGAUCAAGCCAGCAGUAAAAGGAUGUAUAUGUUAUUUAAAUUUCUUUCCUGUAAAACAGUUAAAAUAUUAAAUAUUUGUUUUGAAAAGA